AUGAAGGUGAAGAAGGGCAGCGGCGGCGGCGGCGCCGCGCCCGGGGCGGCCAGCGGAGGGGCGGCGGCGGCGGCGGCGGCGGCUCCCUGCACCGAGGAGGAGCUGCUGCGCAAAGCCCUGAUCAGCCCGGAGGACGUGCUGGGGCUGCCCAAGAUCACCUCCGACUACUUGUGCACCCCGGAGGAGAAUGUCUACAAGAUUGAUUUUACCCGGUUUAAGAUCCGAGACAUGGAGUCGGGCACGGUCCUGUUUGAGAUCACCAAGCCCCCGGCUUUUGAGCGUGAACACAGCGAUAAGAAGGACGUUGACCCCAACGCCGGCCGCUUUGUCCGCUACCAGUUUACGCCGGCGUUUCUUCGGCUGCGGCAGGUGGGAGCCACGGUGGAGUUCACAGUGGGGGACAAACCCAUCAAUCACUUCCGGAUGAUCGAGCGGCACUAUUUCCGGGACCAGCUUCUGAAGAGCUUUGAUUUUGAAUUUGGCUUCUGCAUCCCCAGCAGUAAGAACACUUGUGAGCACAUCUACGAAUUCCCCCAGCUCUCAGAAGACCUCAUCCAGGAGAUGAUCCUUCACCCAUACGAGACUCAGUCGGACAGUUUCUACUUUGUGGACAACAAGCUGGUGAUGCACAACAAGGCAGAUUAUUCCUACAGCGGCGGGCCGUGAGCGCAGCGGGAAGCACCCUCUCUGUUCCCUGUAGAAAUGGGCCUGGGAGGCCCCC